AUGGUGAGGCUGUUUGUGGGCGGGCUGCCGCCGGGCGUCACCCCCGACGACCUGCGGCAGCGCUUCCUGCCCUUCGGCGAGGUCACCGAGUGCAGCAUCGCGCCUGCCAAGAGCUAUGGGCCCGGCGUUGUCUUCCCCCGCAACUUUGGGCAUGUGGAGUUGCAGCCCAAGGAUGAGGCGGCCCUGCGCAAGUGCAUCGCGGCCUACAACGGCUGUAAGUGGCGCGGGAGCCAGUUGAAGUGCGCGCCGGCGCACCCGCAGUAUGCCGACCGGCGGCGGCAGGAGCAGGCGACCGCCGCUGGCGGCACAUCGGCGGACGAGGCCGCCCAUGCCCUGCCGCCGCUGGGGCCCGGCGACAGGCUUCGCCUGAAGCCGUCAAAGGCAGCCACCACCAUUGAGGUGGCGCUGGGCAGCGGCCGCAAGGUGCAGCACUUCCCCGAGCCGCCUUCGCAGCAGGUCCAGCUGGCGUGGGAGUCGCUGGAGGCGCCCCCCGCCUCGGGCUACCUGUAUGAGCAGCUGCUGCAGCGCCUGGCCGCCGACCUGCCGCCCGAGCUGCUGGCAAUCGUGGAGGAGCGGCGGCGCCAGGGCAAGCUGCUGCUGGAGGCGCGGGAGCGGCAGCUGCGCGAGGAGCGCGCGGCGGCAGGUGUGGAAAUUGCCCACGAGUACUCUGAGCAGUCCCAAGGCAGCUCUGGUUGGGAGCUGGGCAGCGAUGAUGAUGCGGCGACGGCUGCAGCCACGGCAGCCGGGGCCCUCGCGUCCCGCGAGCGCCGCCAGGCAGCAGCAGCGGCAGCAGCUGGUCCCAGGGGCAGGGGUGCUGCUGGGGCGCGGCAACAGCGGAAGCUGGAGCAUGAGCAGCAGGGAAUGCAGCCGGGGCAGCAGCGGGAGGACGUGCAGCAGGGGCAACAGGCUGCCCCAACAGUGCCACAGCGGAGGCUCAGGGUGGUCGACUUUCUUCAGCCUCAAGAUGCCGAGCAGGAGCGGGAGGAGCCUGCAGCCGCCGCUCAAGCAGGCGCUGGCGCAGCCGCAGACCUGAGCCGCUUCGACUCAGGCAGCGAUGCCGAGUGGGGGGCCCCACCGGCUGGUGCCACAAGGCAGCACCUGCUCCAGUCAAGGCCAGCAAGCUCUGGCCAGCAGGCGAUGCAACAGCAGGUGCAGGUGUGGCCGCUGGCAGUUGCUCGAAGCACGCGGGAAGAGCAGGAGCACAGCCAGCCCUCCGGCAGCAGCGGCAGCAGUGGCGGCAGCGAGCUGGAAGAGUGGCUAGCUGGUGCGGGCGACCUUGGUGGCGGCCCCGCGGCGAGUGAUGCAGAGGCUGGUGCCUUGAAUGGUGAGGCCUCCAGCGGCAGCAGCGGCGGCAGCGAGCUGGAAGAGUUCCUGGCGACAGCUGGCGGUGAUGGCGCCAGCCCAGAGGCUGCUCAGGAGGAGGAGGAAGGCGAGGGGGCAGGCUGCGAAGGCAAGGAGGCCUGCAGCGAUGGCGGCCAGCAUGUGGGCAGCGGCGGCGAGGCACGCACCCAGCCUGUCGCGGCUGCAGCGGCAGAUGGCGCUGGCAGGAGUACAGGAGGGCAGCAGGUCCGGCGCACAUCGCAGCAGCCACAGCAGCAGCCGCCACAGCUCACGCAGCAGCGGGGGGUGGUCGCCUUUGUGGAGGGAGAUGAGGCAGCGGCCAGCGGGCGGCAGUGGUGGCACAAGCCCAUCCCGGCGGUGGACCUCAGCCGCUUUGCCAGCAGCAGCGAUGAGGAGGGUGGAGGGAGGCCAACGGCCCUGCCAGCUGCCGUGGGAGGCAAGCGCGGGGUGGCGCACCACCAGGGCGCCAAGAAGCGGCGGCAACAGCACAUGAUCCCUCAGGUGGAUGGCGCUGCCGACAGUGGCAGUGACGAGGACAGCGCUAGCAGUGAUAAGGACGACGACAGCGAGAGCGAAGAUGCCAGCACCAGUGGUAGCGAGGGCAGUGCCGGCAGUGGCAGUGACGAGGGCACGUCUGGUAGCAGCACCAGUGAAGACGCGGCAGGCAAGGAUCAGGUCGGCGAGCAGCUGCAGAAGGGAGGAGGAGCGUCCGGGCAGGCAAAUGCGGCCUCUGCAGGGCACGGCAACGAGAGAAGUGGCAGCGAGGGCGAGGAGAGCGAGGAGGAAGCAGAGACAGCGGACGACGGCAGGGCGGCGGCCGCGGCGGCGGCGCAGGAGCAGCAGCGCCAGCUGGCGGCGCUGUUCCCCGAGGGCGCUGCCUUCAGGCGCAGCGAGCCGCUGGCGCAGAUUGAGGCCACCUGGCGCGUCAGCCGCGAAUCCUGGGUGCAGGACUACCGCCAGAAGCACCGGCAGGCGGUGCGCAUGCUGGGACGGUCGAGCGGCGGCGGCGGCAAGCGGCAACGCAAGGGCUGA